UUCUGUUUCUGAUUCUCUCCUAACAUGGACCAACACAUCGUCGAUCCUCCACGUUCUUCUUCUUCUUCACUCUGAACCCAACCCCGAUCCUCAUUUCAAUUCUGACCCAUCAAACCAAUCACCAUACCCACCAAUAAAAGCACAGCUUUUUCCGUCUUUAACGUUUGAUUCUGAGCUGAGCUCGUGUAAUUGAUUAGCCAUAACCAAAAAAAUAAAAAUGAAAAAUCGAACUUUAUUUUUUUGUAGCUCUUGAUUCAAACCUGUUUGUGCUCAAAGUUUCUGUCUUUGUUGAAGUGCCGCGUGUAUAUCAUUUUUUUGUUCGUGGUUUGUUUUUUGGGUCACUGGGUUCAGUCAAGUUUUUUUUGUUUUUGUUUUGCUGUAUCUAAUGGUAAGCGAUAGUUACCCGAAGAUGAUGUCAGAUGUGGCGAUUCGAUCGAUGUUGAAGAAGCCUGAUUACAACGAGGAUUUGGGGGUUCUGAGGCGGCAGCAAGAGGCGAGUGAGAGGGAGAGAGAACUCGCGAGGUUGCGAAGUGGGUCGGCGCCUCCCACCGUUGAUGGGUCAUUGGCGGCGGUUGGAACUUUGUUCGAUGGCGGCGCUCCGGUUGCCGGUUUUGGUUACGGGAGAGGUUUUGGGAGUGAGGAGGAGCUUCGAGCUGAUCCUGUUUACGCAAAUUAUUAUUAUUCCAAUGUAAAUCUAAACCCGCGGUUACCUCCUCCAAUGUUGUCUAAGGAGGACUGGCGUGUAGCGCAGCAACGGUUGAGAGGUGGUUCGAAUGUUGGUGGGAUUGGUGAUAGGAGGAGGAGGGUGAGUGGUAGAGGGUGUGAUGAUGGUGUAGAUGGAGACAUGUCUAUGUUCUCAGUGCAGCCUUCUGGGUUUGAUGUUAAUGAUGAGAGUGUUAAUGUUGUUAAGCAGAGGAAGAAUGUGGAGUGGGGCGGCAAUGAUGGGUUGAUCGGUUUGCCGGCAUUAGGUAGCCUUGGAAGUAGGCAGAGGAGCAUUGCUGAACUAUUUCAGGAUGAGAUAAUUAGUGCUGCAUCUGCUUCUAAGCACCCUCAUCAUCUGCCUAGCUGUAAUGGAUUCAAUGACAUUGCUGAAAAAUCAGAAACCCAUUUUGCUUAUCUGCAUCAAGAGUUGGAUAAUAAGCAUGGCAUGUCUGCUGCCCAAAACCUUGUUGGUUCAGCGUCUCAAACUUAUGCUUCUGCUUUAGGAGCCUCCCUGUCAAGGAGCAGCACCCCUGAUUCUCAACUUCUACCUAGAGCUGCUAGUCCUUGCCUUCCUCCCAUUGGGGAUGGGAGGUCCAGCUCUGCGGAUAAGAGAAAUUCCAAUGGUCAAAACUCAUUUAAUGCUGUCUCAUCCAGUUUAAAUGAGCCCGCGGAUUUGGUAUCUGCUUUGGCUAGCAUGAAUAUGUCUACAAAUGAUACAAUAGACGAUGAGAAACAUCCCCAGUCACCAAGGCACAAUGAAUUAGAUUAUACUCACAAUGUGAAACAGAAAGCAUACUUAAAUAAGCAUGAUUCUUUUCCUUUUCAGCAUCAUUCUGCUACCCAACCCCAUUCGAAAAUGAGUCAAGGCAGCGGUUUUGGAUUGGAUGUAAACAACUCUUCAGUAUAUGCAAUCGAACAGCUAGAACCUCGUAAGGCUGGUGGAAUUUCUGUUAACUCACACUUAAGAGGACCUUCUACGCCAACUUUUACUAGCAGAGGUAGUUCACCUGCUCACUAUCAGAAUGUUGAUGAUAUGAACAUCUCGUACCCUAACUAUGGCAUGAAUGGGUAUGCUGUUAAUCCUUCAUCACCAUCCAUGAUGGCAAGACAGCUUGGGAGCGGCAAUUUGCCUCCUUUCUUUGAAAAUGCUGAUGCUGCAUCUGCACUGAGAAUGAGCGCCAUGGACUCUAGAGCCAUAGGAAGAGGUGCAGCUUUAGGACCUUUGUUGGCUGCAGAGUUACAGAAUGCAAGCAGGCUGGGAAAUCAUGCUGCAGGUAGCACUCAUUUGCUUCCCUUGAUGGACCCUUUGUAUAUUCAGUAUCUGAGAUCAGGGGAAGUUGCUGCUGCACAGAUUGCCGCCCUUAAUGAGUCGCCAAUAAAUCGGGAAUGCCCAAAUAAUUCAUUUACAGAAUUACUUGGCCUCCAAAAAGCUUAUGUAGAGUCUUUACUUGCCCCCCAAAAAUCACCCUUUGCUGUCCCCUACCUUGGUAAAUCAGCUAGCUUGAACCAUAAUUCUUAUGUAAAUCCAUCAUAUGGUCUGGGCAUGUCAUAUCCAGGAAGCCCACUGGCUGGUUCCCUUUUCACAAACUCCCUCCACGGACCAGGUAGUCCAAUGAACCAAAGUGAACGAAAUGUGCAUUUGUCUGGGAUGAGAAAUGUGGCUGGGGGUUUCAUGGGUGCUUGGCCUUCAGACACUGUUGGUAACUUGGAUGAGAAUUUUGCAUCUUCCUUGCUCGAUGAAUUCAAAAGUAAUAAAACGAAAUGUUUCGAACUUUCAGAAAUUGCUGGCCAUGUUGUUGAGUUCAGUGCUGACCAAUAUGGAAGCCGUUUUAUCCAACAGAAACUUGAGACAGCUUCGAUGGAAGAGAAAAACAUGGUUUUCCAUGAAAUCAUGCCACAAGCACUUUGUCUAAUGACUGAUGUCUUCGGUAAUUAUGUGAUUCAAAAGUUUUUUGAGCAUGGAACAGCAACACAAAUUAGAGAAUUGGCUGACCAGCUUACUGGUCAUGUGUUAAACCUAAGUCUCCAAAUGUAUGGCUGCCGAGUUAUCCAGAAGGCUAUAGAAGUUGUUGAUAUGGAUCAGCAGACUAAAAUGGUUACCGAGCUGGAUGGUCAUAUUAUGCGUUGUGUACGUGAUCAAAAUGGGAACCAUGUCAUCCAGAAGUGUAUUGAAUGUGUACCUGAAGAUGCCAUCCAUUUUAUUGUUUCAACGUUUUAUGACCAAGUUGUGACAUUGUCAACUCAUCCAUAUGGUUGCCGUGUUAUACAGAGAGUCUUGGAGUACUGCCAUGAUCCCAAAACACAGCAGAUUAUGAUGGAUGAGAUUUUGCGAUGUGUCUGUAUGUUAGCACAAGACCAAUAUGGGAAUUAUGUUGUACAGCAUGUGCUGGAGCAUGGCAAGCCUCAUGAACGAUCAGCUAUAAUAAAGGAAUUAACUGGGCAAAUAGUACAGAUGAGCCAGCAGAAGUUUGCCUCAAAUGUUAUAGAAAAGUGUCUAACUUUUGGAACACCUACAGAGCGUCAAGUCCUUGUGAAUGAGAUGCUUGGUUCAACUGAUGAAAAUGAGCCCCUACAGGCUAUGAUGAAGGAUCAGUUUGCAAACUACGUUGUACAGAAAGUGCUGGAAACCUGUGAUGACCAUCAACUUGAGCUAAUCCUUAAUCGAAUAAAGGUUCACCUGAAUGCCUUAAAGAAAUAUACCUAUGGGAAGCACAUUGUUGCGCGUGUGGAGAAAUUGGUAGCUGCCGGAGAGAGGAGGAUUAGUGUUCUGACUCUAAAUCCAGCACAGAUGGUAUAGGAAAUGAAGUUGUGUACAGCUAACUGAGGAUAAUACAAGCACCUACUCUUUUUUUCUUUUCAUAUCUGUAUUGAGAUAGACAGCGGCUGAUUGGAAGUAAUAAAUUGUUAGUUGUACUUGAAAAUGUACAUUUAUUAGUGUGAGGAUAUACCUAGAAUCAGGUUAGCUCAGGCUCAGAGGCUCGGUUGGUAAAUGAUGCCUGAAGCCCAUGCGGCAGAAAUAUGUUUUAUGAGCUAGUUUUAAUGUUGUAAAGGGAGGUGUUGACUGUAUAAAUUUUACUAGAUUAUCAGAGUUCUUGUAUUCGGGAUCCACACAUUUUG